AACACUUUCGCUUGGAAGUUUUACAUCCAACUGAAAGAAUGUUUUUGUAUUCUGCACCUAAAAGAAUUGACCUGCAAAUAUUAUCAAAUACUCCCUAUUUAUCAUACAAAAGAGGCGAAGCUAGUUUGCCACUGGGUGUACGCUUUGCCAAGAAUAUCGGAAGUGGUGAAGCUGUUAUAAGUGCGCACCUUAACUUCUAUUGCCGUCUUGCUGACCCUGAGUUUCGUUUGCAGAGCCGUACAACACCAAUUCCAUGUAUUGAGCCGUUGCUUAUAACUCACGUCGCAUCAAACCAUAAUUUGGCGGCAGAUUGUGAAAAAGUUUUUAAUUUUGGCCAAGCUGAAUAUCUUGUUGCCUGUCAGAGCCACCAUUUGAGAAAUCCGUGGCGUAAUGUCUGGGUAAUCAGUAAUGGCCAUUGGAAUUUGAAUUCAGAAGAAAACAAUAAAAUAAAGGAAAUCAGGCGCAGAGUAUGGGAUGUCCAAAUAGUUUACAGAUAGUGUACAGAACACAAUAAAAAACCUACGAAAC